AUGCCUAGGAACAGCAGCGACGCCCUGGAGCCCGGGGCUUGUGGGCUAGGCGCCGGGGGCGGGGACGGCGCGUGGGACGGCGAGCUGGGGAACCUCACCCUGCGCUGCUGGCUGCAGCUGCUGUCUCUGGAGUCGGGCGCGGAUCUCCACGGCGACGGGGCGAGCGGGGCCCUGCGGGCCGCCAUCGCGCUGACCUACGCCGCCGUCUGCCUGCUCGGCCUGCUGGGAAACGCGCUGGCCCUGCACCUGCUGCGGUCCCGGCACCGGCACCGCUCGCAGUCCUCCAUCACCCGCCUGGUGAUGGGCCUGGCCGUCACCGACCUGCAGUUCGUGCUGACGCUGCCCUUCUGGGCCGUGGACACGGCGCUGGACUUCCGCUGGCCCUUCGGCCGGCUCAUGUGCAAGAUCGUCGGCACGGUGACGGCCAUGAACAUGUACGCCAGCGUCUUCUUCCUCACCGCCAUGAGCGUGGCGCGCUACUGCGCCCUGGCGUCCGCGCUGAGGGCGCCCAGCCCACGCCGCGCCGCGGGGAGGGCCCGCUGGGCCAGCCUGGGCAUCUGGGUCCUGGCGCUGGCCGCCUCGCUGCCCCACGCCGUGUACUCCACCACCGUGCGGCUGUCGGACGAGGAGCUGUGCCUGGUGCGCUUCCCGGACGCGGGCCGCUGGGACCCGCAGCUGCUGCUGGGGCUGUACCAGACGCAGAAGGUGCUGCUGGGCUUCCUGGCGCCGCUGGCGGUCAUCUGCGUGUGCUACCUGCUGCUGCUGCGCUUCGUCCUGCGGCGGCACGCGGUGGGAGCCCCGGGGCCCGCCGGAGAGCCGGGCUGCCACCGCCGCCGCUCCAAGGUCACGCGCUCGGUGACGGUGGUGGUGCUGUCCUUCUUCCUGUGCUGGCUGCCCAAUCAGGCGCUGACGCUGUGGGGCGUGCUCAUCAAGUUCGACCUGGUGCCCUUCAGCGCGGCGUUCUACAACGCCCAGGCCUACGCCUUCCCGCUGUCCGUCUGCCUGGCGCACACCAACAGCUGCCUGAACCCCGUGCUCUACUGCCUGGUGCGCCAAGAGUUCAGGGCGGGGCUGAAGGAGAUCCUGCUGCGGGCCACGCCCUCCUUCCGUAACCUGGGCAACCUGGCCACCCGCAAGAAGGACGCAGCCCAGCCAGAGCCCGUGCUGGUGCUGGCCUAG